CGUACUGCAUACAAACCGUAGGACACAGAACAAGCCGGGCGAUGCUUUGUUUAGCAUUAUUUAGCACUUCAACUUGAAACAAUGUCGUGCAACAAGUGUUUAACAGUGCUAUGCGCAGGGAAUGGAAUUUGAUGCCUGAAUGUGGGGAUUUUUUUUUAAAGCAGUGCAGCUAAAUGUCGCAUUUUAAAAAGAGGACAUUUAUGUGACUGUUUAUAUCAAUCAAAAUACUAUUUCUGACAUGUCUGCUCAAGGGUUACUGAACAGCGUUUUCUCCUGCUCUUCUCCAGCAUCCAAAACGAUCACCAAAAGAAGAUUGCGCCAGACACGGAGCUUGGAUCCAGCUAUAAUAAGGAACUAUGGGAAUGAUGCAGAAGCAAUUUUGGAUGUGUAUGAAAACACGCGAUUGUCCUGCAUGGGUCUAAGAGAAACAGGCAGCAUCUCAAGCCGCUUAACCCCACAGAGUUCAGCCGAAUGCCUUGCAACAUCCAAACUGGGAUUGCGCUGCAAAUUAAAGCAGCCUCUCUCCUCUUUCUCCAGCCCAUGCACUCCCACAGAAACCUCGCCGUCCUCAAAUUUUCACUUUGAUUAUGACAUAAAAGGCGUGAAGAGGAAUACUGCAUGGGACAUACCAUUCCUGGCAAGGAGUCCUGCUCUUACCCCACCUGGAAGCACCAGUACCAUCUUCUCUCCAAGAAAGUGGCUUCAGAAAAAAUUGCAACAGUCAAGCUCACACUCAUACAUCGUAUGGAAGUCAGAGGGUGACUUUACCUGGAACAGCAUGUCUGGGCGAAGCGUGAGACUAAAGCCAGUGCCCAUUCAGAGUCUCUCCGAGCUGGAAAGAGUAAGACUACAGGAGGUGGCAUUCAAUCGUUUGCUGCAGGAGUAUGACCUGGGCUGCCAGAUAACUAUUCCCAAAGAUGGGCAAAAACGCAAGAAAUCAUUGAGGAGGAAGCUUGAUUCCUUAGCCAAAGAGAAGAAAGACAAAGAAUUUGUGCCUCAAGCUUUUGGCAUGCCGCUGUCCCAGGUGAUAACCAAUGACAGGACCCACAAACAAAAACAGGACUCCCAGAAAGAAGAACAGAAAGAAUCCCCUGAUCUGGUGACCUCCAUCUUACAGUUUGGAUUGAAAAGGCAAAACAAAGAACUCUCAAGCAGUAACUCAUCUCUCAGCUCCACAUCGGAAACGCCUAACGAGUCCACCUCGCCUAAUACACCUGAGGCAGCCCCUCGGACACGCAGACGGGGUGGAAUGUCUGUGGAUUCUAUCACAGACCUGGAUGACGAUCAGUCUCGACUGCUGGAAGCCCUGCAGCUCUCCCUGCCAGCAGAGGCUCAGAGCAAGAAGGAGAAGCAGCGGGACAAGAAGCUCAGCCUCAACCCCAUUUACAGACAGGUUCCCAGGCUAGUGGACAGCUGCUGUCAGUAUCUGGAGAAAUACGGUCUUCAGACGGUAGGAAUAUUCAGAGUAGGAAGUUCAAAAAAGAGAGUGAGACAGCUCAGAGCGGAGUUUGACAGCGGUGUGGAUGUGCUGCUUGAUGAGGAGCAGAGUGUUCAUGACAUCGCCGCCCUGCUGAAGGAAUUCCUGAGAGACAUUCCUGACCCUCUCCUCACCAGAGAGCUCUACACUGCCUUCAUCAACACUGUCUUGAUGGAAUUAGAUGAGCAGCAAAAUGCCUUGCAGCUACUCAUCUACCUUCUACCUCCCUGUAACUGUGACACUCUGCACAGACUCCUGAAGUUCCUGUCCACAGUGGCCAGUCACGCUGAAGACUCCUACGACAAGGAUGGCCAAGAGAUCACUGGGAACAAAAUGACAUCGCUGAAUUUGGCCACAAUAUUCGGCCCUAACCUCCUGCAUAAGCAGAAAAGCACAGACAAAGAGUUCUCAGUGCAGAGCUCGGCUCGGGCCGAGGAGAGCACGGCCAUCAUUGGAGUCGUUCAGAGGAUGAUACAGACCUACGAGGCGCUUUUCAUGGUCCCACCCGAUCUUCAAAAUGAGGUGCUAAUGAGCUUAUUGGAGACCGACCCAGAUAUAGUUGACUAUCUGCUGCGUAGAAAAGCUUCACAAUCAUCAUUCCCUGAUCUGAUGAGGUCAGACGGGCCUUUCACCCUCGGAGAGAGACACUCUUCCACAGACUCGAAAGCAUCGAGUGGAGAAGUGUCUCCCUAUGACAAUAACUCGCCGAUACUAUCAGAAAGACUACUGUUCCAGAAACAGGAGGACAUCAGUCCCAGCUCAGAUAAACUCUUCAAGGUCCCUGAGCAGUACACGCUGGUUGGACAUUUAAAGUCCAAAUCGAAGGACCUGUCUCCUGGGCUGCAGGCUGGGAAAGAUAUUUCAGAUGACCACACUGAUAUUUGGGGCGCCUGGCAUUCAACACUGAAACCAGGUUCGAGAGAUCAAGGCAUGACAGGCUCCCCUGGGAACAUAUAUGAAUGCAGUUCGUCACAAGACGUUUCCUACCAUUCUCAUGGUAGUCUGACUUCUGAGUGGCUAGAAGGCCAUGACUCAACUUCACUCCUCGUGGACAAUGGGAAGCAGCCAGUCAGGCGCACUCAAACCACAGCAGGAGUCCAGGAAUGCCGAUCUCAUCCUCCAGUUACCAGGGCCUGCAGCAGCCCCCAGGUGGAGAGAAGCAGAAUGCAUUUCCAACUGAGUUCAGACAAUUUAUACUCGAGGCCCGAGGGACAUUCAGCUUCAAGCAGUGCCGAGGACAUUCCCCAGAGGAACCUCAACCCAGCCUGUUUGUUGCAGAGCAAACCCAAGCCAGGUUAUACCAAGCACUGGGACAGCAGCAGGAAUGAAAACAGACCUCCACCACCUUACCCAGGCCCCUCGAGGCAAAGCUCAGCAGGUACGCAACAGCAGCAACAGCCCGUUUCUCCAGCACUGCAGGCUGUGAAAAGACUUCCCAAGUAUGAGAAAAGCCCUACGCUUAUCAAGGCCUCAGGCCUAAAGGUUGCAUCCACAGAGCAGCCUAGGCUUAAUGUGGAACAGAUGCCACCCAUUUCCAAGAACGAGGUAAACAAAGCCUACUGUAGUCAGACAGACAGCCAGAACAACAGGAACAUUGGGGAACAGGACUGGCAGGAGUGGCAGAGAGAGCGGUGGCAGAUCUGGGAGCUCUUGUCUGCUGACAAUGCAGAUUCACUGCCAGAAACUCUUGUAUGAACUCUGCUCAAGCUGCACAGUAUUAUUCUGUCACUUUAUUUAAAAGAAGACACAUUAGGGAAAUUCAGUCUAUGAAAAUGUCUAUAUAUAACCAUUUUCCCUUUUACAAAUUUAAAACAUUGCCACUGUCUUUUUAAAACUUUUUGUUUUUUGUUGACGAAAAAAUGACUUUGCAACUCUUUCCUUUUCCAGUGUAUGGCAAAUUGUUGUUUAGAGACACAUUUCUGAUUUCUUCACAGAUUUUCAAGAAAUAUGCACAGGUAUACUGUAGCAUUUUAACAUGAUACUUUUUUUUUUUUUUUUACAUCAGAUUCAGUUAUUGAUUUCUAUAACUACUAAAGUCUUUGAGUACAGGUGAUUCCCAACAUCCAGGUCACUAGAAAUGGGCUGGAACUUCACCCUUUUCUUUUAAUUAGUUUGUAUUUUAUUUGCAAUAAAUGUCCCUCCGUAGAUCAGACAAAAUGUAUUGUAAACUGUACUAUAUAUAAUAUCUGCGUAAUUUGAUGGGGACUGCUUGAAGGUACAUGUGUAAAGUGCAUAGAGCUAACAAAAUAAUUCCAGUAAAACUUACAUGUUACUCACUGUCACUUCAUAUGUCUCCCAUUUCCUGGAUAAAAAAAUGGACACGUUAUGGUACAGGGGUAGCCAGGGCCAGCAUUGCAGCAUUCUAAAAAUGUUGCAAGGUUGCAGUCCUGUUUUAUCUGACCAGCUUUGAAUCAGCUGCACAUUAUUAGUGAAAACAAAAAAAAACCCUUAACAAGGUGGCAGCUGCAAAUUGCAGGCAGGAAGUCAGGAUUUUUUUUAUAACACAAGUUGCAUUAAAUGUUAUUUUAUUUUGGCUUUUGCUGAAUCACGUCGCAAAUUGAAUGUAGAUCUUUGGAUAAUAGCCUACUCUUCCCUUUAAUGUCACCUUAUUUUAUUUUCCCAAUGUACAGUAUACACAUUGCAGGAUAUGCCAACUGUCCACAGUCAUGUAUCAAAUUUCUGGAAGGAGAAUUGGCCCACUAAUCAUCACAUCAUAUCCAAGCGCCAUAAACUCUGUGUGGUUUGCAUUCAUGUCGCUUCUUUUUGUUUGGCCUCCAGUCAUGCAAGACCAAACAGGGAGACAGACGUUUUUAGAGCCUGGAGGAAGGGCUACCCUCAGCCAUGGAUUCUCUCCUACCAGUGAUUAGGGUUUUUUUCCUUAGCUGAGUGCGGUUCGUAUUUAGUUUCUGCAGGGUGCGUGUCAGGCCGGAGCAACCGGGUUCUCCCUCGGUGCGUUUCAUAAGCGGGGGGUAGGCCCGUGUUUCACCUGCUAACUUUUCAUUCACCCUUUUCCUAUUUUUGGGGGUAACACCACUGCCGUUGUAGCAUUAACCAUUCAUCAUUUUCUUUUUCCAGUAGUGGUUUGGCGGCUUUGUCUUUUGGGGGGAGGUGGCCCUACGAGCCACUUCCUAUCCGCGGCACUAGACUACAUGAUGUCAUCAUGUUUUCGCUAGUCGGCCAACAUUAUGGAUAGCUGAGCACCCACAGACAAGGUCUCCAGGCAAAUUCCUUAUCAUCAUUAAUUUAUCUGUCCAAUUGCAAUUUAAAUCAUCCAUAUUGCAUAAUGAUGAAUGGGAAGCAAAUGGAUUCAUAUAUAUUUUUAUAUAAGGUUUUUUUUGUUUUUGUUUUGUUUUCAUUGGCAUUAGAUGUAAUAUUUAUUAAUGUUGAAUGUGGCAGUGUUGAAAGGCAGCGUUUUAUACUCAAACCAGUAAAUUAACAGUGGUAUAUUAACAUAUUAUCAGCGACCAUGCCUUAUUAAAAUUACCAAAUAUGGUAGCAGAAAACAAUAUUAAACUUUUAUAAAUUUUGCAUCAUUAACAGAUGUUGAAAUAACAACAAACGUUUCGAAACCCUUCCCUGUGGUUUUGUUUUUGUUUUUUAACACUGAUAUUUAUGAAUUGCUUCUGCCCACUCACAUCAGAAAGUGAAUUUACAUGCAAGCUUUGAUAUAACCCUUCUUUUUACCAACGCCAUUUAUUUCAACCCUGCAGUUUACCUGCACACUAGUGAUUCGUGCGAGGGUGUUCUCGGUACGAUUACAUGUCAAAUGAUUGUGUCAAAUGGUGUUUCAGCUUGGAGUCAAAUUUGAAACGAAUCUGACAUUCAUCCUUUUUUGUUUUAGUAUUGUUAAAAAUGUCGCCAAAUAUAAACAUAAAACAUUUGACAAUUAUUUGUAUUGCAACGUUUUAUUCCUACCCUACACAGACUGCCAGAUUUAUGAGCAGAAACAUAAUUUGACAUAUUAAUGUAACUUAACCUACCUGACUUUUUAUGUUCUUUAUACAUUUGCCAGUGCCUUUAUACACCUGGCUAUUCUAUAAAUGAACUUGGUCAUUUUAUAUACUGACCCAUCAGUGAUUAUUUUAUAAAUUGACCUAUGAGCUGUUAAUAACAUUUACCAGUUAUUUUAAACAUUUUACAAUAAUAUAUUUUCAGAAAUACAGAAUGUUGUAAAUGUAUGUUUGUCCUAUAU